AUGCUUAACAACAUCGUUCUCCUACCGCUCAUCUUCUUCCCAGUGGGCCUCUCAUCCAGAGGUCCACUCUUUUUGGACAUUAGAGCGAGUGGUGUGGUUGCCCAGGUCGUGUUGGCUGUCAUUUCGGUCGUCUUCACAGUCACGAUUGUCUUGUCUUUGAGCGUCGGCAUACCGUCUCCAGCCUUGGUGAUAGCCGCCCUGGUGGUCUAUAUUUGGCUGGCCACCAAGCUGCAAGGCAAGGAGCUGCGGAAAUCUGUCGGAAAUGUCGCCCUGACUGAGGGACAUGAGCGUGAGGAGUGGCUGUUUGUAAAUGGAAUCUGCACCACGGGCUCGGGUGCCCAGCUCGUUGCAAACCGCCUACAGCAACUGUUUGGUCGACCCGUCACGGCCGUCCUCAAUCGCUCUCUGGGAAUUUUCUUCGACCUACUGGAGUGUAUUCUUCAGCGCGACCUCUUCCUCACAACCCCCGACAUUCGGAUCGGAUACUCACAUGUCCGGCGUGCAGUCAUGAACCCAGCCAAGAAACGCGUCGUACUUAUUGGCCAUAGCCAGGGCGGCAUUAUCGUGUCCGCCUGGGUCGACCAGCUCCUGUGCGACUUUCCCGACGACGUCCUUGCCAAAGUUGAAGUUUACACAUUUGCAUCAGCUGCAAACCACUUUUCUCGCCCAAGCCCAACCAGACUCGAAUCAGCGCAGAGCAUGCCUUUCGCCCAUGUAGAGCACUUUGCCAACAAUGGCGACUUUGUCUCUCAGUUUGGCGUCCUCUCCAAGGCCCCACAACCUCCUGGUCUUGACGCAACGAAUGCCACAGCCACACUGGCUACGCUGAAGGACACACUUUCACCACUCCCUCCAAUCCCCCACCUCGCACCGCUCCCCAACUUUGCGGCCUCGGCUGUGCACCUCGGCGGCGUGCCCUUUCCCAACAACGACAGCCCGCAACGGACGUUGAGCCUGCCUCCGCCUCCCCGCGCUGGAGUCCGCACAGGCAGUACGUUCGGUCGUACCAUCUCCAACGCAGAGCCCCCCGAGCGUAUCCUGGACAUGGGAGCUUGGUCACCCAUUGGCAACGGCGACACGUUGGGUACGGGCACAUUUGGUACCGAGCGUCAACCAGGUUUCACCGUCAGCACGGAGCGUCAAAGCGACCUCGACUUCACCCAGCGCACGCGCACGCGCACGCGCACCAUGCACGGCCCUUCACCCUCAGUCGAGCGGUACAUCCCACCCUUUGACGACCUAUUUGAGAGAACGUUUGAUCUGGCACCCCCAUUUGAGAUUGCCCACAUCCGCGACAGCAUGGUUGCAAAGGAUCGCGCCGAAGCCGCUGCUCCGUACUACCAUCAGAACGCGAGCACUUUCAGCAUCAGCAUGUGA